UUGGUGUCGUUGCUGUCACUKGUCCAGUUUGGUUUGUUUGGGUUCGCACCGAGUGAGCUUAUAGGUUAUCGCCCCCCAAAAUGGCCCUAGCGAUGCAAAGGAAGACCAACGUGCGCUUGCCGCCCGAAAUCAACCGCAUCCUCUACGUGCGGAACCUGCCCUACAAGAUAACCGGCGAGGAGAUGUACGAUAUCUUCGGCAAAUACGGCGCCAUCCGGCAGAUUCGCGUGGGGAACACGCCCGAGACGCGGGGCACCGCCUUCGUGGUCUACGAGGACAUCUUCGAUGCGAAGAACGCCUGCGACCACCUGUCGGGCUUCAACGUGUGCAACCGCUACCUGGUGGUGCUCUACUAUCAGGCCAACAAGGCGUUCAAGAAGACCGACUUGGACAAGAAGCAGGAGGAGAUCGACAAGAUGAAGAGCAAGUACGGGAUCAACACGUGAAAGUGAGUUGUAUUAAAUGGGGCUCUGGUAA